AUGUGGAAACAAAAAAAAAUUCGGGACCAAAUUUUUAAUUUUCUCAGAUAUAGGCCCUCUCUGGGUUUUUCCUUCGCUCUACAAACCCUAAACCUGCACAUCUCCUCCAUCGAUCAUCUAAUUUUCUCAGAUAUAGGCCCUCUCUGGAUUUUUCCGUCGCUUUAUCAUCCCGGCCUUUUUGCUGCUCCUCAGAUUGAGCCAAUGGCACAUGGAAAUCUGCCUCCUGGGUUUGAUCCAGGAACUUGCCUCAGUGUGUAUGUUGGGAAUCUUCACAUACAGACGACGGAGCCACUUCUCCAAGAAGUUUUUGCUAGGGCUGGUCCUGUGAAAAGCUGCAAGCUUGUUAGACAAAAAAACUCAUCUUAUGGUUUCGUUCACUACUUUGACUAUAGAUCUCCUGCACGUGCAAUAACGUACCUCAACCGGAGUUAUCUGUUUGAGCAGCCUAUCAAAGUUGACUAUGCUUAUACCAGGGGUCAGAGGGAGGACACAUCAGGCCACUACAACAUAUUUGUUGGUAACCUAAGUGCAGAGGUGACAGAUGCUGUGUUGUUCGAAUGCUUUUCUGUUUAUCCUAGCUGUUCUGAUGCAAGGGUUAUGUGGGAUCAAAAGACUGGCCUUUCCAGAGGGUUUGGAUUUGUCUCUUUCAGGAGCCAACAGAAUGCUCAGAACGCAAUUAAUGACUUGACUGGAAAAUGGCUUGGAAGCAGACAGAUACGCUGUACCUGGGCCAAAAAAGGUGCUGGAAAGUGGAAACAGUGA